AUGCUCUCUCAAUCCAACAAGUCUUCCAGUAUCACCAUCCCUCACGAACCAACAAUGUAUUUGAAACCAGAGAAGGAACCCAAGACCGUUUGCUCCAACUGUGCCACAUCAACAACUCCUUUAUGGCGACGCAACCCUGCAGGCCAACCACUUUGCAAUGCUUGUGGUCUUUUCCUUAAGCUUCAUGGUGUCGUGCGUCCCUUGAGUCUUAAGACCGAUGUCAUCAAGAAGAGAAAUAGAAGUGGAAGCAUUCAAGGCACAUCAACCACUGGCACUAGCCCAAGCAUUACCAUUGGAAGCAGGUCAAACAGCAUUAGUUUCAGCACCAGCAGCACUAGUCCUUCCACAACCAGCUUUAGAAACGAUCGAAACAUGAUUGGUAGUGGCAGGUCUAGCCCAACAACUAUUGCACCUGCUAUGCUUCACAACAACAACAACACAAUCAACGACAAUGAUAAUUUCAGCAGCUUAAGCAACAAACGGGCGAGACUUGAUAGUGGUCCUGCUGCAGUGGUGAUUGCAGCUGAUAUGGAGGAUGAUCUGGUAUGGAUGCAACAACCUGGAGAUGGUUUUCGGAACGUGUUGCUUGCCAAGCAACGACAACAACAAGAGCAACAAGCAGCAGCUGCUUCCAUGCUUUUGGGUCUUUCACCUGAACAAUGGCAACAAUUGAUCAUGUUACAACAAACAAGUGCCGCCCUCGCAACGCCCACAUCUCCCUCUACCGCCACACCUCUUCACUGGGGCUAA